AUGUUGGGUAAUGUUGAUUACCACAUGACUGGUAUUUCAAGAAUCUGGAAAAAUAUUCUAUGCUUUGCUAGCAUGGCAGUUUCAAUAGCUGGAAGACCUAUUAAAUUAGGUAAAGUGGAUGGUUACCAAAAUAGAAGCAAUGAUAUAAUUUACUAUCCUUCUGUUUCUCAUUCACCUGUGGGAUGUGUUGUAUUUUUUGGAGGUGAUAUGCAAACUCUAUCAAAGGCUUUUGUAAGAUCUAAAAAAGCAGCUACGGAUUAUGAAGAAAAUAUGCUUGCACAUCGAGAUAAUAAGCACUAUUCCAAAUGGAAUCUUGAAUUUACUGCAGAGUUGUUGCAUAAGCGUUUCCCACAGCAAGAAGUAAUAAUUGUUAAGCCAUCAAAAAUGUCACUGAUGACAUUUAGUUGUUAUGAAAAUUUUGUGACUGUGAACAAUUUUGGGGCACCUACUUAUGAAAAAAAUGUUGAUGCUCUGAAGCAUUUGAGAUUACUCUUAGCUAAUAUAGGGCCAGUUUUGCAAAGGAAAUCUUGUGAAAUAAAGUCAGAAACGUGUGAUGCCAAUUUGUCUAUGCCAAAGCCUCUGAAUUUAUCAGAAAUUCCUUUAAUAAUCAUUGGCUUUAGUAAAGGGUGUGUUGUUUUAAACCAGUUUUUAUAUUCAUUUCAUGCAUUACAUCAAUAUGAAGACCAUGAAUUAGAACUUUUUGUUAACAAUAUAACAGAUAUAUAUUGGCUAGAAGGAGGCCAUUCAGGCUCAUCUAGUACAUGGGUUACAGAUAAAACUGUGCUGCAGAGUUUUGCUAAUUUAAAGAAAAAUGUUCAUAUUCAUGUCACACCUUAUCAAGUUUACUGUGACACAAGACCAAGAAUAGGAAAAGAAGAAAAAAUAUUUCGAGACACUCUCUCUAAAAUGGGUGCAAAUAUUACAAGGAAGCUGCAUUUUGAAGAUGAAUGCCGCUCGUUAGAUAAACAUUUUGAGGUUCUGGAAGUUUUCAAAGAACCUACAUGA